AACUCCCCUUUAACGUUUAAACGUCUUGUUAAACUUUUAGUUGAAACAGUCGCGUCCUUUUAACACGAUGUGGAUCAUAAUUUGUGCAACAAUUUUAAUAUUUUCAUCACCGCAGUUCAUUUGCGCUAGAGUCGCACCCAGGGACAAUGCAAAUGAACCAAUGUUUGAUAGUGAUUCAAUGUUGGAACAGAAAUCUUAUGGCCUACAUUUUGAGAAUAAUCCUGAUACAAUAAAAAACAAAGAACAAGUCGAUAACUCUUACGAAGUGGAAAAGAAAAUUAGCGAUAACGCUAAACAGUCAUGUGCUAUCGUCGUACUGUCUAAUAUACAAAAUCCGAACAUGCAUUCCUUACUACGCAAAUACAGAUACGAUUCAAACGGUGUUCUCAUUCCAAGCAGCGUAAAAUACUUCGUCAAACUACCAAAGGGCGCGCAAUCGUCUACAGUGUUGGUACCACUGCAUGACAAAGCUUUUUCACCUUUAGGUGGUUUUGUAAGGUAUUACAAAGAAGUUCCACCGAUACCCCAGUCUUGGUAAAAUAAUAAAAUUGUGCUCGAUAUAUUUUUUAACAAUUUAAUAUUUAGCACAAAUCUGUUAUAUCCUGUGACAAAAGAUACAUAUAAAAAUAUAUCAUUUUCAUGAAUUGUGUAAUUUUAUAUCAA